GGUACAACUGCGUUGAAAAAACAAACUGUGGAGGAUGUAAAGAUGAAAAUGGUAUAACUAGAGACAUUGGAGAAACAUGGUCCACAGCGAAUUGUAAAAAGCAAUGCACCUGCAAAUCAAAUGGUAACUCAAAAUGUGCUAACCAUCCUAACUGCAUAGCUAUGAACGCUAAGUGUAUAAAAACUGAUGGCGAAUGGGGGUGCAAUUGUGAAAGAGGAUUAAGAAUGAACAACAAAGAGGAACAAAAUCCACAAAAGCCACCUCCAGAUGAAGAAUUCACAGAAAAAGAUGCAAAAACCAAAACUGCCUGUGAACAUAAAGUGCUCAAACUGGCCUGCCCAGCUGGUAGAAAGAUUGCUGUGAGAAGAGCUGUUUAUGGAAGAGGAAAGGGAGACAUGAAAGUUUGUCCACAAAAAUCAUUGUCAAAAUUCCAAAAAAGAAUUGCUGCCAGUGUGUGUGCUUCCAAGAAAUCUCUUUCACAAGUAAGGAAAUUCUGUAAUGGAAAGAGAAGAUGUAAUGUAUUGGCAAAGAAUAAUGUGUUUGGAGAUCCUUGCCCAGGAAUUUUCAAAUACUUGAGAGUUGCAUAUGUCUUUUUAGCAACACCACCAAAACCAAAACCAAAACCAAAUGUCAAGACUGGAGUUACGUGUGAACACAAAGUUCUUAAACUGGCCUGCCCAGCUGGUAGAAAGAUUGCUGUGAGAAGAGCUGUUUAUGGAAGAGGAAAGGAGACAUGA